AUGGACCCUUUCGACCCUGACGCAAUCAUCCACGUGCUCUCGAGAUGCGAGGCUUGCCAAAUGGGACAGGUCGGGACUCGCGUGUGCGUCGAGAAAGGGCACCACGCGACGGUGGCCAGCGUCAAGAGGUCCGCCCGGGGGUCUAACUUCGUGGACCCUUACACCGAGGAGGAGGUCGACGCGCGAUACCGCCUCAUGUUGAAGCCCGGCGAGCCUCUUCACAUCAUCAAAACCAACGCCGUCAUCGAUGGUGCCGUCAAGUUCGCCCCGGGGACGGUGUUCCAGCAGCCCCCAAACACCAAGAGCCAGACCCUGCUCGGCUGCUUCAAGAACGGAGUCCCCUUGCACGACUUCGUCCUGGGGGGAAACAACAGCGGGGCCGCCGCCGCCGCCGCCCUCGCCAAAAAGGAGAGGGAGCUCGAGAUGGACGACAGACAGCCCAAGCGGAGGGCUCUCUCCCAGGGCCUUAACCCGGGGUCCGCGAAGAAGGGGCCGGUGGCGCCAAUGGUGACGGUCAAGAAGCCCCCCACGGCGACGACACCGACCGCGACCGCAACGCUGUCGGAGAAGGCGGCGGUGCAGGGUCUGUCGGGAGUCACCUCCCAGUACUUCACUCGGGCAGAGCUGGAAGAGCUAGAGGCGGAGGAGGAGGGCACGGGCAGGCCCGGCAAGCGCCAAGGGACCAGAAGCAGUUCGGUGGCAGGGCAAUCACACGCCGGAAACGGGGCUGUCUGGGAUGGCACCCCUGCCGCUGCGCAGGGUGCGGACAGCGCGACGCAGCUGGAGCUGCUGUCGGCCGCUGAGGGCGAGCUACGAGUUGCCUUUGACGCGCACAUGAAAUACCUCUCCGAGGUGGAGGAGGCGAAAAGGGCGGAAAUGGCGGCGUUCCAACGAGCGGGGGAGGCGGCCUUGCAGAACAUGGAGCGGUCUCGCAAGGCUACAACGGACGACGGGCUUCGGCUGCACAAGGCAUUCCUGAACCAGCGCCAGCGCAUCACUCGCCUCCGAAUGGAGGAAGUGGACCAGGAGCGUGCCCGGAAUCAGGUGGAGAGCGAAAAGCGCGAGGCCAGACUCAAGGCGGAGAAGGAGGCCCUCUCCCGCGCCUGCGAGCAGGAGGCGGCGGAGCUGGGCAACGCCUGGGCCGUUGUUGAGGCGGCGGCGGGGUUUGCACCGGAAGGAGGCGGUAGCGGUGGUGGCGACGGCGGCAACAAUAACGGGGACAAGAUGCAACACCUGGUGGCGGCGGCGGCCGGGGGGGGGGGCGGGGGUGGUGGCGCCGGCCCUGCUGGGCAGAACGGCGUUGUUGGCGCUGCCGGUGCCGAGGCCGUGAACGGUAGCGGGGAGGGGGGAGGGCAGUCACCGCCUGGUUUGCUUCCGGGGAUUGCGGGAGAGGGGAAUGGCACGGUCGGGGAGUAA